UAUGCUGAUGCUAAGGAACCAAUGAUAGUGACUAGAAAGGAUUUUGUGGACUCAUUAAUAUCAAUAUCACCAGCUUAUACACAAUCAGAGUCACAUAUUGUAUCACAAUAUCUUCCUACUAACUAUUUUUCAUUGACUACUGAUCAUGAGUCCAUCAUCACUUCAUUGUUGGAGCUCAGUUCAUCAAUACAGUCACAAACUGCUGCUCCAUCAAAGAUGAUAACAUCUCUGAUAUAUGGCCCUAAAGGAACAGGGAAGACUACAUUAGCAGCUAGAGUUGCUGUAUUGGGCCACUUCACAUACAUCAAGGUAGUAACAGCCUCCAACAUGAUUGGUUUGACAGAUUUUGGAAAGAUUGAGUACAUCCAUCAAGUUUUCAAAGAUGCAUUUAGUUCAAGUCAUUCUCUUAUUGUGCUUGAUGAUGUUCAUCGUUUGGUUGAGUAUGUGCAAGUUGGUGAUCGUGUCUCAGUCUCUCAUUCAUUGAUGCAUGCGCUAUCAACUCUUCUCUCUUAUUCUAUGUCAUCAGGUUCUACAGUGAUGGUGAUUGGUACAAUGACUGUCUCACAUAGAGAAUCGUUUGCACAACCAAUCAACCUCAAUUUCCCUACUCUAUUUACGUGGCAGCAUUACACUCCACUAAUGAAUGCAACUGAUAUUAAUUCUUUCCUUAAAAGGAGCAAUAUUAACAGGUUAAAUGGUGGUCAGUUCUCUUUUCCUUCCCAUCUCUCAUUGUCCAUUACUCAGUUAAUGAAUGCAUUACAAUGUGCCUGCAUCAGUGAGGGAAUGCUAAUGGAGGAAGAGGUUGAUAAGAAGACCUCAUGCUAUCUUAACAGGCUCUUCUCUCAGACUACACUCUUGGACUGUUUGAAUAGCAGCAGUGCAAAAAAUGAGGAUCAGCCACUUCCUUCAAUAAAAUCCUUUCCAUUAUAACUCUCUAUAGAUUUUGUAUCUAUUUUUAAAUUUCAGCCUGGCAUGGAUUGUAUUUAUCAUUAGAAAUGCUUCAAUACUAUGAA